ACUCCCCGCGUUUGUGUGUGUGUGUGUGUGCGUGCGCGUCGUGUGUGCGUGUGUCUGCGUGCGUUUGGAACAAGAGAGAGGAGAGAGAGUGGAAGAGAGAGAGAGAGAGAUACGAGGGGUAAAACAGAUCGGACGCGCGGGGCGCAGGAGACGCUUGUGGACACGUUUUGGAGACAGAAGCUGCCCGAGUGAAGGCUCACUACGGAGAAGAAGAACAGAAAGAGAACUUACUCUGCAUCGCGCCCUCCCGUCCACUGAUUUCAGCGAGUUGUAAAUAUUAUAUCGGGGAGUUUUUUUUUUUUUUUUCCGUAGCAGUCAAAGUGGAGAAGUUGAGCCGCUGAAGGACGCACCUCGGGACUUUUGACGCAGACGUCUCCCCGCUGGACAUGGACGCGUCUGAGGCCGAGCAGCCGUAGACGCAGGGCUCGGAGCUGCUGCUGUCCUCCUGUCCUCCUGUCCUCCUCCUGUCCUCCUGUCCUCUAGCACUUGCAGAGUGGACCCACGUUUCAAAGAGCGUGUGUGUUUUUUUCUAUCUGGGCCUAAGGCCGACUUGUUUAAAGGUCCCGUUUUUUUUUUUGCUUCCGGCAACAGCGAAGAGACCAAGUCUUCCUCCCUCUGCCCUCACUCCCUCUCUCACUUUUUUUGGAAGGCGAACUUUUAAAGGAAAAUGGGGCAUUGAGAGGGUUGGCAGAUCUCCCCACGCUAUAAUGGCAACUGACACCUACCUGGUAAACGACGAUCCUGCUAGAGGCCCAGGGAUGCCUGAAUGUUUCCUCGUCUCCGAUACAUACAGGGAUGAAUUCCACCCCUUCAUCGAGGCCCUGCUGCCCCACGUCCGCGCCUUCGCCUACACCUGGUUCAACCUGCAGGCCCGUAAGCGCAAGUACUUCAAGAAGCAUGAGAAGCGCAUGUCCAAGGAGGAAGAACGCGCAGUGAAGGAUGAGCUGCUGGGGGAGAAGCCAGAGAUCAAACAGAAGUGGGCCUCGCGCCUGCUGGCCAAGCUCCGUAAGGACAUCCGGCCUGAGUUCCGUGAGGACUUUGUGCUCACCAUCACGGGGAAAAAGCCCCCCUGCUGCGUGCUGUCCAACCCCGACCAGAAGGGCAAGAUCCGUCGAAUCGACUGCCUCCGCCAAGCCGACAAGGUGUGGCGACUGGACCUGGUGAUGGUCAUCCUGUUCAAGGGCAGCCCCCUGGAGAGCACGGACGGGGAACGGCUGGUGAAGUCACCACAGUGCACCAACCCUGGCUUGUGCGUCCAGCCGCACCACAUCGGAGUGUCCGUCAAGGAGCUCGACCUCUACCUGGCCUACUUCGUCCACACGCCAGACUCCGGACAAUCAGACAGCUCUAGCCAACAGGGGGACACAGACAUUAAACCACCGCCCAAUGGGCACCUGAGUUUCCAGGACUGCUUCGUCACCUCAGGGGUGUGGAACGUGGCUGAGCUGGUCAGAGUGUCACAGACUCCUGUAGCCACAGCGUCGGGUCCUAACUUCUCACUGGCAGACCUGGACAGCAGCCCCAGCUACUACAACAUCAACUCUGGGGCUGCUCUGGCUCUGGGGCGCCGCUCCCUCACCUCCCCUCCCUCCACCAGGUACACAUUGUCUGAUGUGGAGUUGUACGCAAACCUUCCACGGAGCUCCAAGAGGAAGUCAUUAGAUGACAGUGAGCUGGAGAGCCCCACAGAUGAUGUUUUCUACCCUGGACGCUCACCUGCCGCCAGCUCAUCCCAGUCCAGCGCGUGGCCAAAUGACAUGGAUGCAGUGCAGCACCAUUUGGCGAGUGUGCAGGAGAGGAAGAUAAAACAUGAAAACGAUGGCGUGCAGUUUCCUUACCAUGGACUGUCCUCGCCUGGUUCACUUAAGAAGCCGGGGAAGUUUGAUUUCAACGCCCUGACUUCCCAGACGAGGUCCCCCCGCAUGGCGUUCACACACCACCCGCUGCCCGUGCUGGCAGGAGUGAGACCAGGGAGUCCCCGUGCCUCAGCCUCAGCUCUGCACUUCCCCUCCUCCUCAAUCAUUCAGCAGUCCAGCCCAUACUUCACCCACCCCACAAUACGCUACCAUCACCACCAGGACCCGCUUAAGGAGUUCGUGCAGUUUGUGUGCACCGACGGCACAGGACAGCCCAGCGCACAGCCUAAUGGAGGUGGCCAGAGCAAAAUGCCGGGCUCCUUCCUGCUGCCUCCGCCACCCCCGGUGGCACGCCCUGUGCCCCUCCCCAUGCCCGACUCUAAAACCAUCAGCUCGCCCAAUGACGGCGGACUCAGCUCACCCGCAUCUCCGUCAUACUCCACGCCAGGCUCAACAGCUCCCAACCGGUUUGUCGGCAUCGGAACACGGGACAACUUUCUGAAUAUCCCCCAGCAGACUCAGUCCUGGUUCCUCUGACAAGGCCUCUCUGAAUCAACAACUAAAAUUGUGUCAUGAAAAUUGGAAAUUUGAGAAACAAACACAUCACUGCUGAUUUAAGAACAGACUGCUGACACUAAAAAGGUCCUUCUCUCUCGCCAACACUAUUCAAAGUACUACUACAGAACCCCGAAAAAUAAAACCCCACGCUGUCCCCCAAAUCUAACACGAUUUGAACAGGAAUGUUCGUACCCCUACGUCCAGAAGACUUCAAUGACAUUGGGUGGACAGCCUCAGAAUGCAAGGAGGAGGAAGAUGAGGAACUGUCUCACACACCACGAAAUGUCAGAAAAGAAACGCAAUAUGGAAACUGACAUAUGACCAAUUAUACAUUUUUGUUACGUUUUUUUUUUAUUUUAUUUUUUUAUUUUGUUGUCUCCACAAUGAAACUCCAUGCAUUGGCUGGGAGAUCCAAACAAGAAAAAUUAGUAGUAAAUGAUGAAGUCAGAUGUGCAGGUUCGAAAAGAUUUCCACCCAGAUCGCACGGCUCCAUUUCUUCGUAUUUCUCUCCUCCAGGGCCACAUGGUCAACACCCAACUCACCCCCCCCACCCCACCCCCA